AUGUUGUUGCCCUGGAAGGUCCAUGCAUUGCUGGCUUAUUUUCUUCUUAGUGUGGCCUUAAUCAUUCAAUUCUAUGGUCGAGGGCGUCUUUCUGCCACGAAUAACGAGUUAUAUACAAGGAACAUUGGUCACUACAACAGGGAUUUGGAAACCAGUUCUGUAAGUGUUUUGAUCACUACCAGGCGUGAACGCGACGAAGAGCAGUCAUGCGAUUGCGAGAAAAGGAAGCACACAUAUGGGCCAUUGAACGAAAGUGCCCGGCUGCGAAGACAAAAUCAACUUGAAGAAUGGCAUCGUUUAGAGAAGGAAACGCUGGAACCAACUGUAAUGUGUCCACCCACCUCCCCUUUCAGCUUUGUAGGUGGUGGUACAACUGUGGAACCUUUGCAACGCAUCAAUAUGGCGACAAUGUUAGCGGUGGAUAACGAUCACUGGAAUUAUCAUCAGCAAAAUAACAAAUCGAAGACGAAAAUAAAAAUAAUAUCAACAAAAUCGUACGGAAUUUUUGAAGUUGCGGGUGAGUUACUAAACCAGUUUUCAUUAAUUGGAAUUGAUUCGUCUUCGCUGACGAUCGUGGUACGCCCGUCAACGAAUGUCGAUGAAAUUAACGCGUUAUUUGCCAGCCUCUAUUACCGAAGCGUGAAAUACGAUAUUCAAAUUCGCGAUAUUGUGUCGAUUGAGAUGUUUGGUUACACCAUUGAAAUUCACAUUCGAGUUCAACGAAAACCGUUUCCACGGUUGUAUGACGUUUCCCGCGACGACCAUAUUAGUAAGAAAAUAACAAUUAUAACUAAAACCUUUAUGAGAGCCAGCUCUUUAUUUGAACUAAUUAAAAGUGUCAGGAUAUUUUAUCCCAAUAUCACAAUCGUUGUUGCCGAUGACUCUCGUAUUCCCCUGAAUAUAACUGAUGCGUACACGAAGUAUUACGUCAUGCCAUUUGCAGAAGGUUGGUUUGCUGGAAGAAAUCUGGCAUUAAGCCAAGUAAGGACAAAGUACUUUCUGUGGGUUGACGAUGACUUCAUUUUUAGCAAGGAUACGAAAUUAGAGAAAUUUCUAGAAAAACUGGAGGCCAACCAUGUGAAUGUUGACAUUGUCAGUGGUGUGGUACAUGUCGAGUAUUAUGGCGGGCAUAAAUCCUAUAAACAAACUAAUAAAACCUACGAACGGUUUUACAAAGAUGGCGGCUAUUGCGUCCAUCAAAAAGAAAGUAAUUACGGACAAUUGGAUGGAUUCCCACAGUGCGUAAAAACGGACAACGUCUUAAACUUCUUUAUGGCAAAAACUAUCCCAGCGCGACGAGUUGGUUUCGAUCCCGCGCUGGAACGAGUCGGACAUUUCGAAUUUUUCUGGGAUGGUCUUGGUCAGCUGCGCGUCAUUGCCUGUGAUGACGUCAGCGUACUGCAUCGGCCGCGCGCGCCUGGCAAGUAUUACAGCUACCGUUACGAAGAGGAUUUGAACCACUCUGUUUACGAGAACAGGAUGUUGUAUUCAAUGUUUAAAAAUAACUUGAAUUGUGUCAAGGAACAUGUUGCAAUCUGGGAUGAUGAACAACUUAUAAACAAUAUUGAAAAAAG